UGUUUCCAGAUUCUACAAUGAUGCCAGAUACCGAGCUAGAUGAAAAAUUCAGGCAGGCUAAAAAGGUGUGGCACAGUGUCAAUUUAUCGCUAGUAUGGAUGGGCAUGUGGCCGGUAAAUGUGACAACCAGCGGUCGCAUCAAACUUACAGCGUACCUGACAUACUGGAUAAUUAAAUUAUCCUUAGAAAUCACUGAGUUAUUCAUGGUCAUUGGAAGUCUUGACACAGUUAUUGAUAAUUUCGCAGUAACGGGUGUUGAACUAGUGGGAUUUUCGAGAGUCAUCACUUGGCGAUUCAGCCCCGUAAUUUACAAAGUUAUUAAUGAAAUUCAGCAAUUCCGUGAAUAUGCGAAUUUCAAGGAUUCAGUGGAAAUGGAAAUAUUCAUCAGACACAGUCAAAGUUCUCAAAGAUUUCAUCGAUUUCUGAUAUGGCCAAUGUGCGUGUGCACCCUCUCAUGGUAUUUUACACCACUUAUGGAUUAUCUUAGUGCAAGUAUGCACAACGAGACGAUUCCUCUUCAGCCGCCCUAUCGAUUCCCACCAAUCAUCGAUAUCUCACAAGGUUAUCUUGCUAUAAUUGUCUAUCUUUUUGACUUUCCACUGAUGUAUACUGGGCUAUGUGGUACAUCGACUUACUCCACGCAUUUCCUGUUGAUCAAUGAAAUUUGUGCUCAACUAGCUAUUCUUGCUCAUAGAAUCAGGAAUUUUGAACCAGAAAAAUGCACGAAUAUCAGCGAAGCUGUUGGUCAUAUUGUUGACAAGCAUGUUAUGUUAAUUCGGGUCACAAAAAAUCUGAAUGACAGCACGACUAUUUAUCUUGUAAUCGAACUACUCAACACAACUGUACUCAUCGCAUUGUGCUCGUACAACGUUCUGAUUAAUCUUGAAGAUACCUUCUUAGUUGGGCUGAUCACUUUUGCAUCAUUCUUGUUGGCUUUGAUGAUUAUGAUAUAUACAGAUUGUUAUAUGGGAGAAUGUCUACAAACUGAGGCUAUGAAUCUCUUUCAAGCAUUUCGAGAAUGCGAUAUUCAUAAGUGGCCAAUAUCUUGGCGAAAAGCCUUGAUAAUUUGCACACUCCGAGCUCAUAUCCCAUUGGAAAUGACUGCUGGAAAAUUCUUCAAAUUUACACUGAGCGGUUUCAUAAACAUUUUAAGAUCGUCCAUGGCAUACAUUUCAAUGCUGCGAGCAAUGCUCUGA